AUGAACUCUCUGUAUGACCUUGAUCCUAAAUGGAAAAGACUACUUUCUACAAAUAACUUUCUGGGUGGGUUGACUGUUAAUGAGUUUGUUGAGGAAUUGAGUAAAGACCAGACGUUGAAGGGCUCGACUGCAAAGGAUGCUGAAACUUGGCAGAAAUUAGAUCCGAAACCUUACAUAAGAACAUUUGAAUCGAUAUUAAAAGAGUUAAAGACUUUGUGUCAAGAUACAGAUGACAAAAAAUCUUAUUUAGCUGACGAAGUUUCGAGGGAAGAAUUGAAUCAUUCCAAUAAUAUCGUUCAAUUGUUUGAUAACUUGAAACUUACAAUAAAUAACUAUGAUGAUUUAGAUAAUAAACUAUCUAAUGUUAUACAGAUAGUCUCACCAUUAGGUGAAAAAGUAGAAACUGCAGUUAAAAAGAAGAAAAAUUAUAUAAGAUCAGUGGAACUUAUAUCGUACUAUGAUCAAUUUUAUGGAGAAGGUAAAUCAGAACGUUUGGAUCAAUUAUUAGCGUCAAAUAAUAAACAUAAUGUAUCACAAGCUAUUAUGAUUGUUAAAAAUCUAUUGGUAUUAUCUCGUAAAAUUGAAACUAAAUCUCUCCCAAAGACAGGCGAAACGAAUAAAUUGAUUGAAAAAUAUUCUGAGACUAUGGAGAAUAAUUUACUCGAAAGUUUCAAUAAAGCUUAUCGUGAAAAUAACUUUAGUCAAUUAAAUGAGAUUGCCCUGAUAUUGAAUCACUUCAAUGGUGGUGUGAAUGUGAUCCAAAGUUUUAUUAAUCAGCAUUCUUAUUUUAUAGAUACAGCUGAAUUAGAAAUGGAUGAAAAUCAGGAAUUUAUGAUUGAAGAAUCUACCAAAGCAAAACUAUUAGAUGAAGGGUAUCAUAAUGUUGUAUAUGAUAAAAAGAUCGUUGGUUUAGUAAAUGGAAUCGAAACAGUUAUUAAGGAUGAAUCGAAAAUUGUUAAAAGAGUGUUUGAAGAACGUGCUCCACAUGUUUUACAAUUGUUCAUUCAAAGAAUCUAUGCCCAAAAAAUAGAAUCUAAAUUUGAAAAUCUUCUACAGAAUUCAUUUGCGCUAAGUGAUCUAGCUCACAUUAGAAUAUUACACUCUUUAUAUUCUAUUAUCUCUCAAUUUACAAAAGAUUUAUCAGAAUAUUUUAAAAUGUUAGAAUUAGAUGAAGAUAGCUUAUUAACAUCUACGUUAUCACAUUGUUUUAACGAUCUAUUUUCAAGGUACCUGCAUGGUUCCUCGAGUUAUUUUGAAGUGGAGAAGAGGAGUUUAGAAUCCAUUUUGAUUCAGAAAACAUCUGCAUUUAAUUUAUCGCAUGAAAGGGAAAUCCAUCUAAGGUCUUUGGUGAAUAAACUAGAAAAUAAAGUUAACCUUGGUAUAGAGUUUAAUGAAUUAGGUAACAUUUCAAGAGGUAAAUUAUCACAAAUCAAUGAUUUCUUUAAGUCACAUUUGGAUACAGAACGUUUAACAUUAGCACGUUCUAAUACUAAUACCCAAAGGGACGCUUUUGGUCAUGCACAUGAUAAUUUAGAAGCUGGAAAAGUCGUUCAACAAGAUUUAGCAAUUGAUUCUGCGUUAUUCAAUAUCGAGAAUGCGGACUCUAUGUUAAGGUGCGUUGUUGAAUCGAUUGCAAGAGUGAUGGAAUUGACUCCAAAUUUUGCGAGCGAUUACACUCUAGAGUUAUUAGGAAUUAUGAACGUCGGUAUAAUUGGCUCUUAUGUUGAGACAGCUUUAGAAUUAGCUUACCAGGAAAUUGUUAAAAUUGACGUUACUAAGGUUUCUGAUAUUAACAUUUCAUUUUUAACCUACAUUUCUACUAGUACUGACAUUAUCAGUAUAGUAUCAUCAUCAGUAAAGGCUCUAUUUUUACCUCUAAUGAUUAGUUCUCCGACUACCAAAAAAGAUAUUAUUGAUAUGACCAAUAAGCAAAUUCAAAGAACAGAGUUAUUAAUAAAUACAAUUAUUGAAGAAUUAACUCAUUUGUACUAUUCAUUAUUUACUGAACUUCUCUCCAAACAGAAAAAGAAAGAUUUCUUACCAAAAUCACAGGACCUGUUAAAUCAAGAUACUAUUAUAUCUUUGGAGAUAGUGGCAGUCUUAAAUUCUUUAUUUGAGCAAUCACAGAAAUAUUUGAAAGGAAAUAAUUUAACUCUUUUCUUAACAGUUGUUGGUAACUUAUUAUAUUCAUUGCUCUUAUCACAUUAUGGAAAAUAUCAGGUCAACUCGAUGGGUGGUAUUAUAGUGACAAAAGAUAUUAUUUCGUACCAAAAUAUUAUAGAUGAAUGGGAGAUUGAAGAACUAUCGGAAAAGUUUGCAACUCUAAGAGAAUUAGCAAACUUAUUCACUGUACAGCCAGAAUUAUUGGGUUCAUUAUCAAGAGAAGGUCGUUUGGUUAACCUUAAUGAUAAUAUAAUAGCAGAAUAUAUUGGAAACAGAGUAGAAAUCAAUCAUGAUAAAUUAGUUUCAAGUGUAAAAUUAAAUUUCAAGAAAGAUCAUUAA